UCUAGAAAUUGAAUUUAAAGAAAAAACCUGAACAAAGUCUAUAAAUGCACACAAAUAUAUUCAUUGCAGACUUAGUCAUACUAGUGCCAAAUUGGAAACAACAGGAGAAGCAAAAUCCACCAGACUCAGUAUUAUGCAUUCAUUCAAAAUGUAGAUUUAAUGGUAUAAAAAGGGUGCAAAGAGAAAAAUGCAAGAAAUAAUUAAAUUUAAAUAAAUAAAUAGAUAAAAGACAGCCUUCUUAAAAACCAAAGAAUAGAAAAAUGCUAGCUGGACAAAUUACAAGGAAGUAUAAUGAUAUUUCAUGGGACUCGAUACUAUAGAAGUAAGCUACUUGUCUCUGGAAAGAGACAAAAGUGUUUUUUUCCCUGUUAGCCAUGCCCACUUGGGUUGUACUGUGGAAAGCUGCUCUGUCCUGGAGCUGUACCCCUCCUACUGCACUGCGGGGAUGGGGCAGGAGUCCACUGCAGGAGUCCUCUCAGCCCCAGCCCAGGAAAGAAAGUUUGGUUGUCCUAGAGACCCUUUCUUUCAGCCAUUGCAUUCUUUCAUUUUGCAGACUUGCGUCAAGACUAUGCUAAUUAACUCCAGAGGAGUCUCCUGUUACCUGGUGAUGAAGUUGUACAGUUGAGGAGGAAGAACUGGGACAACAAGAGUAUAUCUUCUAGUAGUUUCAUGUGAUCUUUUCCUCAAACUGAUCACCAACCAACCAGAACAACAUAUUUCAUACAUACUUUUUUACUAAAGAACAUGGCCAAAGGUGGAAAAGGCCCUAAGGGCAAGAAGAUAACCCUCAAUGUGGCUAAGAAUUGUAUCAAAAUCACAUUUGAUGGGAGAAAGCGCCUUGACUUGAGCAAGAUGGGAAUUACGAACUUCCCUAAGUGUAUUCUGAGACUCAAUGAUAUAGAUGAGCUCGAUCUUAGCCGGAAUAUGAUCAAGAAGAUCCCUGAUUCAAUCUCCAAGUUCCAGAACCUACGGUGGCUGGACCUGCACAGCAACUACAUUGACAAGCUCCCUGAGUCCAUUGGCCAGAUGACUACUCUGCUCUACCUCAAUGUCAGCAACAACAGGCUGACUACUAACGGGCUGCCUGUGGAACUUAACCAGCUCAAGAACAUCCGCACUGUGAAUUUAGGCUUGAACCACCUGGACAGUGUGCCCACCACGCUGGGUGCUCUGAAGGAGCUCCAUGAGGUAGGACUCCAUGACAACCUGCUCAGCAACAUCCCCAACAGCAUCUCCAAGCUGCCCAAGCUAAAAAAGCUCAACACAAAGCGAAACCCCUUCCCCAUGGCAGAGGAGGCUGAUGCAUUCAUAGACUCCAUCAAGAGGCUGGAAAACUUAUACCUGGUCGAGGCCAAGGAUCUGUGUGGGCCUUGCCUGAGAAAAUGCCAGCAGGCCCGAGACAAGCUGAACAGAAUCAAAAGCAUGGCUGUGACAACACCAAGAAAGGCCAUCUUCAGCAAUUUGGUCUCACCCAACUCCAUGGCCAAGGAGUCUCAAGAAGAUUGGAGGAUAGGCUCAGCAUCUCCCUAGAGUAGCUUAUGGCAAAAAGUUGAAGACUAAUCAGCUAACACAAAUAAUCAACUCUGAAGAAGAAAAGCUCUCAGAAGGAGAGAGUGAAA